AUGCCCCCACACCGCGACAACAUUAACCUCCAGUACGAUCGGACAAUAUUCACGUGGCUGACUGGCCCCUCCCCGAAUGCCCCGGAGUUCUUCAUCGAGCUAACGCCAGGACCAGACGCCACGCCUGCGUGCGGCCCUUACGAGCCCGGCGAGAUUGUCGGGGAGGAGGUACGAGCGGUCGAUGGCGUCAGGCCCCGGGGCGUGGCAUCAUCCUUCACUCUAGGGGCGGACUACAUCACGACUACUCGGAACGACCAGCAACCUGUCUCGGACAAGGACCGCGACAGUGCUCGCAAGUUGGUGGUGGCCCACACUACCAAGCCGGCCCCGCCCGGAGCAUCCAUCAGCCCCUACGCGGAUAGGCUCGUCUGGCCCGAGAAUGCCCCGCGUACACCGGGCUCCCGAAGAGCAACUGAAGCCAACAACGCCCUCGUGCUCGUCAACGGCAAGAAGGUGAAGAAAGCGAGGGCGCAAAAAUAUCCAUCGGGGAAGCAAUCGAAGCGCAACGGCAACUCGCGAGGCCCCGGUGGCGCCAGCGACAAGGAGUUUGACAACACUCCGUACUGUAGGUCCAUCGGCCACCACCGCCGUGGUUUCAAGGGCGCGAAGAGCAGGCUUGUCAAGUCGGAGGAAACGUCGGAGUUCUUCGAGUAA